UGUAAUACCCUCCCUCCUCCCUCGGUUAAAGCCCAGCAAGCCCCUCCUGCAAUUCUCUUUGUAUUCCCAUUCUCAAAUUCAUCUUCCCUUUUGCACAAACACAGGAGCGUUCGUAAUACCCACAACUCACUCUGAUCGUCGGCUCGAUUUCAACCGCAGGGUCAUCCAAGGCUGUACUGGAAGUCCGAAGGUAUAUAAGAAAGCACUCAUUUCAGUUCAAAUUCAAUAUUGUUAGGAGAUGAAGAAGGGAUUGCACCCUCAGAUGCAAUGGGUGUCUUAUGUGACACAGAGUGGGAGAUUGAUGCAUGUUAUGAUGACCAAGAUACACCAUGUCGGUAAAGUCUACCACUUGAAGGCAAGGCGCCAAAUGGCUGAGAACCUUGGGCAGGUUGCCAAGUUUAGGCAACGUUAUGAAAAGGCGAUACCUACUCAGAAAGAGGAACCGUGAUUGGUACCUUGUUGUGGGUUUUUGAUUUCAAACGCUUGUGUUUCUCAUUUGCUUGUUAUGUUUAACAUGAUGAAGGGGAUUCCAUUUUGAUCUCAUUUUUCCUCUUACUCUUUCGCUGCAUUUUUGUACCGAGUAAGACUCAUGUGGUUCUGGAGUUGGAGUGUUGCCACUCGAUGGCUUAUGUUCAGUUUCCACAUCAAUUGCAAUAA